CCAAGUUAAAUCUAGUUCAAACGAACCUUUUAGUUUUUGAGGAGGGCCGUUAAUAGUAGUGAACACCAAAACGAAAGGGGAUCUGGGCUUCGCAAUACUAACAGUUCCAUUUCCCAGCCAGUCGCCUCACGGGCUGGAUGUGCCGCCGUACUACAUCUCCGCGGUGGCCGGAGAGCUCAGAGGUGGAGAGAGAAAAAGGAGGCGUCGCGGGGCGCGAGAGGCCCGGGCUCUAACUGCCGCCUCACACCCUAGCAAAGACAGGAGACGCCCGGCGGCCCGCACCGUCUGUCCGGAGCGCUCCUCCAGGACACCCGCCUGAGUCCUAGUCGUCUCCAAUUGGCCGUCGGGGAACGGAAGCCGAAGCAGACCAGUGAACCCGGAAGUACUUCGCGGCGGAGGCCCGGGCAACUCUUUUGAAUGGAAUCGGGCUGAUUCAUCGCUGGUUCGCGGACUCAGAGCCGGAUCCGGUCUGCGCCGCUGCUGCUGUUGCCUCUGUCUUCGCGUCACCGCAGAGACAAGACAAGGGUCCAGAUCGCGGCAUCCGGCUCCCGCCCGCUGUCAGGAGAGAAAAAAAUAUAUACUUGGGGAAAUUGUACCUGCCAGAAUUAGCAAGGGCUUUCUUUAAGAAGCAAUUUGUCAAAUUCAACAAAUUGAAAGUUAACACCUUAAGAGUUGCAGUUACUGACCAGAAAUAUGGACAGACUUCUUAGACUUGGAGGAGGUAUGCCUGGACUGGGCCAGGGGCCACCUACAGAUGCUCCUGCAGUGGACACAGCAGAACAAGUCUAUAUCUCUUCCCUGGCACUGUUAAAAAUGUUAAAACAUGGUCGUGCUGGAGUUCCAAUGGAAGUUAUGGGUUUGAUGCUUGGAGAAUUUGUUGAUGAUUAUACCGUCAGAGUGAUUGAUGUGUUUGCUAUGCCACAGUCAGGAACAGGUGUCAGUGUGGAGGCAGUUGAUCCAGUGUUCCAAGCCAAAAUGUUGGAUAUGUUGAAGCAGACAGGAAGGCCGGAGAUGGUUGUUGGUUGGUAUCACAGUCACCCUGGCUUUGGUUGUUGGCUUUCUGGUGUGGAUAUCAACACUCAGCAGAGCUUUGAAGCUUUGUCGGAGAGAGCUGUGGCAGUGGUUGUGGAUCCCAUUCAGAGUGUAAAAGGAAAGGUUGUUAUUGAUGCCUUCAGAUUGAUCAAUGCUAAUAUGAUGGUCUUAGGACAUGAACCAAGACAAACAACUUCAAAUCUGGGUCACUUAAACAAGCCAUCUAUCCAGGCAUUAAUUCAUGGACUAAACAGACAUUAUUACUCCAUUACUAUUAACUAUCGGAAAAAUGAACUGGAACAGAAGAUGUUGCUAAAUUUGCAUAAGAAGAGUUGGAUGGAAGGUUUGACACUUCAGGAUUACAGUGAACAUUGUAAACAUAAUGAAUCAGUGGUAAAAGAGAUGUUGGAAUUAGCCAAGAAUUACAAUAAGGCUGUAGAAGAAGAAGAUAAGAUGACACCUGAACAGCUGGCAAUAAAGAAUGUUGGCAAGCAGGACCCCAAACGUCAUUUGGAGGAACAUGUGGAUGUACUUAUGACUUCAAAUAUUGUCCAGUGUUUAGCAGCUAUGUUGGAUACUGUCGUAUUUAAAUAAAGCAACGAAAAACGCUAUUAGUGAUGCUUUCAGUGUAUAUUCUUCUGUUGCUCCUAAUGCUCAAAAUCAAGGGACCUCUGAAGGUGUACUUGGUUAAAUAUAAGACAUCUGGCAUCAUUUGCAGCACUGUAACACCUUCAGUCUCAGUUGUGUAAUUACUUCUGUUUCUUUAGUCAGGGUCUUUGCAGAUUCUAAACUUAUACAUGAAUACAUCAAAGUGGAUAAAUUUUGUUAAGAUCUCAUUUAAUAUUUGAAAAAAUCAGUAGCACAAAUAUAUUUUGAUUGUUGCUUACAAAAUAAAAUACAUUUACAAUCUA